GCGGUAUUCUAAGUUUAUCUGCGCUUGUAUUUUAUCCAAAACUACAAAAACUAUGUGCUCUGGAUGAAUUAAGACCGAUAAUGGAGGACGAGAAGCUGUUUGCCUGGUCAGGAUUGCAUCCGGGAACGGAGGGAGAUGUUGGAGAAAAAAUAAAACGGCUGAGGGGAAAUAUAAAGAUACUAAAACCAGGGGAACGGUUUUCUAGUCAAAUAACUCAUCUUCUAGUUGGUAGCCUGGGACGAACUGAAAAAGUCGAAUCAGCCCUCGCGGCAGGAAUACCGAUCCUUCAUGUCACAUACAUCACAGACAGCCAUAGAAUGGAACGUUGGUUGGAGGAGGAGGGGUAUGAUCUGGGACACUCAAGGUAUGAAAGUAUGAUUUUAAAAGCCAAAGUCUAUCUACCCCCUUUGAACAUAAGAAGGAAAACAAGAAAAGAUGGCGGAGUGUUUAAGAAUUGGAAAGUCCUAGUGCUCAUGGAGAACCAGAAGAAGAAAGAAACCUUAGAUAAUGUUAUCAAGUUAGGAGGAGGAGAGGUUAUGAAGUGGACAGCCAGGCACUUGGAUGACAUGAAUAUUGAAAACCUCAGUUUAACUCAUCUCUUCAUGGAUCCAACAAUGCUGAUAAACCCAACCUUAGUUAACUUCUUUGUCAAGAACUACUCCUGCGGUAAGAUUCAGGUCACAUCCAUAAUCUACAUUACAAAUCUGCUCACCAAACAGACGGUGUCGAAUAUAGGACACUUUAAUAUACUAAAGACUAGUAUAAUAAAGGCUUCAUUAGAACCAGAGUCACAAAGUAGAGAUUUGAUCCUGUCUAAAGCGGCAGCGUAUACCCAACUACUUUCAAAGUCCAAUGUUGAAGGAUUUAAAACCAUGGUUACCUCCACCUCCCCAACCUCGCGUUAUUGUCAAAGGAGAAAUUCUAGCCAAGUGUCAAAUUCUAAAUCUUUACUUGACAAGAGGAACCAGAGUUUAUCAAGCGCAAAUCUCGUCACAUAUCCAGUUUCAGAUUCGACACAUACCACGAGGAAGAGUAAUUUAGUUAUAAAAAGUAGAGAAGAGAUUCAUGGCAUCAGAGUAAUUUCCAAUUCAUCUGAUCCUUUAAACCCUUCAAACCCCUCACUAACUACUCAGUCUUCUAAACCCUCUCCUGUAUAUUCAAUCAGUCCUCCAUCAAUUCCUGAUCAUGUCAUUGAACCGAUCACACCCCGGAGUAAAGAUAAGAAACGGUCCUACUCAACCAGACGUGAUGACCUCCAAUGGUGGACAGAUGAGAAGCUGAAACCUAAACCGGAGAACCUCAAGGAGCCCUUUGAAGCCGUGAUGGAUCUGUGGGCCGACUACAGGGACCCAGACUGGUGUGAUCGAAGAGUUCGAGUGCUAAAGUAUGGAGACGAACUCAGGAGAUUGUACAAUGAGAAGCGGAAAAUCCGCAAAAUUAGUUUGACUUAGUAAUAAUCGGCCUAGUUAGGACAUAUUUUAGAUAUUUUUUUAACAUAAUUUUGCAUAACUCACGGGACAACUGUUCCAGAUAUAAAUUUACGUAUAAAGAAAAUUGAUUUAAUUCUCUGUGAUAACUUGUGAUUUUUAUUUAUGACAGUCUAUUCUUUAAUUUUUCAGA